AGCAGUCUGGCCCGAGUAGCUUCGAGCACCCGAACGACGACCGAGUCCCCUCCAGCGGGCACUCGCUACACCCGCGGAGCGAUGACGACCGACAGCCAGGUGGAGAAGUGGGCGAAGGAGAUCAUGAAGACGGGCAUCUGGAUGGCGGAGGAGUCGGGUUCGGAAACUAUCGUCGAAUCGGGCCUCGGCAAGUACAAGAUCCCGAAGCCGCUCGCCUCGGUCACGAAGGAGGACGUGAAGCUGGCCCUCUCCCCCGAGGCCGUCGCGGAGCAGUGGGCGGGGCACGGGCACGGGCACGACGCCGCCGGCGGGCACAGCCACCUGGACGGCCACGCGCACGACGAGGGCCACGCGCACGACGGCCACGCCCACAAGGACGGCCACGAUUGCUGCGAGGGCCACGACGGCCACAAGGCGCACGGCCACGACGGCCACGACGGCCACAAGGCGCACGGCCACGACGGCCACGACGGCCACAAGGCGCACGGCCACGACGGCCACGACGGCGGCCACAAGCACGACGGCGACUGCUGCGGCGGCCACGAGGGCCACGAGGGCCACAAGCCCCACGGUGAGGCGGGCCACGGCGGGCACGGGCACUAGGCCCGCGCACGCCCGGCGCGCGCGGCGUGCGGCGCGGGACAGAGGCGGUGCGUUUCUCGCGGGGCCGAGCGUGUGGCCGAGCUCGUGGCCACGCGCGCAGAGAGCCCAAGCGCAGUGGCCUUGCGAUCGCCCGCGCACCCGCGGGCACAAAAGCGGC